UCAAACUGUUGUUUCAUUUUAUUCCAUUUCUUUUUUAAAGUAGUAGCAGCGUUAUCAUUUCAAAGAGGAGAUCGUUGAAAACAAUGUUUUGCCAACGGAAACUAUAUCCCUUCUUGUAUUGCAGCACAGCCUAGUUCUAAUGGCUUUCCAGCUAGAUGAUCUCCUGAGGGACGAUAAAAAGGAUGCCAAUUUAAUUCCGGAUUUGAGUAAAGCAGCCUGCAACUCUCAAGAAGAAUUCAGAAGAUUACUCGAGCGCUGUCCGGAGUAUAAAAUCAGAUCGGAGAAGGUGAAAAAAGACGAUGCCAAAGUCCGGGAUAAAGAUUAUACUUGGAGAGCUACGAAACGUGAACUUAAAGCGAUAGAAAAAGAGUGUGCUUACGCAGACCCAGUGCCACCGGAUAUGAGGGGCCUCAACCUUGGUGAAUUACAACAAGUUGCCAUAGACUGGAGGAUGCUGACUCCGAUUCGUCCCAAACUUAGACAGGAUGAGGAAAUGUUCUCUAGGCUGGAAUAUAUUGAUAAGGUUGACAUGGGAAAAUUGGAAAUAAAAACAGCUGCCAAGGAGCGCCGCAAUUCUGUUAGCCCGAUAAGGCGAGCCAAGAAUAGAGCUGGAAUAAUCGAGAGCAGUGCAAAGAUGUGCGGGGACUGUGGGGAAGAGUUUUGUUUUGGAGAUUUCUGUGGUGACAUACUCUAUGAUUCUUGUAUAAGAGUUGCGGUAGUACCCCAACAAUCCAAGAUUCAAGUCUCUGCAGAUACUGCGGCUAUUAUUGCUGGAAUGGACAAACCGAAGAAAAAAUCAAAAAAGAAAGGUAAGCUUUCACGCUCCAAGUCCAAGAAGAAUAAUAAAAAUGGAAAUAGGGAAGACGGCAUUGGGUUGGAAGCUGAAAAUCGUCCACAGGAUGGAAAAAAAUUUAAAAGGAAAUGCAAAAAAAAGGCCAAGUUGUAGAUUGCAAAGAAAAAGAAAUAUUGAUUACAGUCGGCAGGUAAAAUGUAUACCAUCAAACGAAACAUCACCUUUAUUGCCCACGUUUAUAUCGGACAAUAAUGGAUCAUGAAUAAAUUCAGUCAUUACUCAA